CCGGAAGUAUGCGUGGAGUUCCGGUCGGGCGCAGGAUGGAGCUGUUGACCAGACUCCGGCACUUUGAUGCCUAUCCCAAGACUCUGGAAGAUUUUAGGGUCAAAACUUGCGGCGGCGCCUUGGUUACUUUCAUCAGCAGCCUGAUCAUGUUGGUCUUGUUCUGUUCAGAACUGCAAUACUACCUGACCAAGGAGAUCCACCCGGAGCUCUAUGUCGAUACUUCGCGAGGUGAAAAGCUGAAAAUCAACAUUGAUGUUGUUUUCCCACACAUGCCCUGCGCUUAUCUGAGCAUUGAUGCCAUGGAUGUGGCGGGGGAACAGCAACUGGACGUGGAGCACAACCUGUUCAAGAAGCGGCUGGACCUGGCUGGCAACCUGGUCACUCUGGAGGUGGAGAGACACGAGCUGGGGAAACAGGAAGAGGUGCUUAACUCCACCAAGCUGGACCCCAAGCGUUGUGAAAGCUGUUAUGGAGCUGAGUCCGAGGACAUGAAAUGCUGUAACACGUGUGCAGAUGUGCGGGAGGCCUACAGGAGGAAAGGCUGGGCAUUUAAGAAUGCGGACACCAUUGAGCAGUGCAUGAGGGAAGGAUUCACCCAGAAACUCCAGGAGCAGAAGAACGAGGGCUGUCAGGUCUAUGGAUUCCUGGAAGUCAACAAGGUGGCUGGAAAUUUCCAUUUUGCUCCUGGGAAAAGUUUUCAGCAGUCUCACGUGCACGUCCACGCUGUUGAGAUUCAUGAUCUGCAGACCUUUGGAAUGGAUAAUAUAAAUAUGACCCACAACAUCAAACACCUCUCCUUUGGGAGUGAUUACCCUGGGAUAGUCAACCCUCUGGAUCAAAGCAACGUCACAGCAGAACAAGCUUCCAUGAUGUUCCAGUACUUUGUGAAGAUCGUCCCUACGGUUUAUGUAAAGGUGGACGGGGAGGUGGUGAGGACCAACCAGUUCUCGGUCACGCGGCAUGAGAAGGUGGCGAAUGGGCUGGUGGGAGACCAGGGGCUCCCGGGGGUCUUCGUAUUGUAUGAGCUCUCACCCAUGAUGGUGAAGUUCACAGAGAAACACAGGUCUUUCACGCAUUUCCUGACUGGAGUCUGUGCCAUCAUCGGAGGCGUUUUCACAGUGGCCAGUCUGAUCGACUCUCUGAUCUAUCACUCCGCUCGCGCCAUCCAGAAAAAGAUCGAGCUCGGCAAGGCUUCCUAGCGGGAGCCAGGGACUGGGAGAGGAUGGAGGAGGGCAGCCGCAAGAUACCUCACCCACUCCCCACUCCUCACCCUUGGCCACCGGGGGAGGGGCACUCCCUGCUGCCAAUGUAACUUCCUCGACUAAAACUGAAGUGUGAGCAAAGCCUCACUCCCUGAUGCUAUUGAUGGAUCUGUUGGCAGGAGCGCCUUUUCUGUGUGUGUGUGUGUGUGUGUGUGUGUGAACUGACCGGCCCCUCCCCUCCCCCCACCACCCCAGGGAGGUUGAGUGUGGGAUGUUCUCGGCUUGCUGUUUACAUUCAGUUUAAUCCUGAAGGUUUCCUGUGGUGGGGGGAGCACAGUCUCCCAUGUCGCUCCCAUGAGAAUGUGCCCUUCUGGGGUCCCACUGGCACUGUCACUCUUUGUUUGAGGCCCUCCCUCACUCCCUCGCUCACUCACUCACUCUCUUUAAUAUCACUGGACAGAUACCACGUUGCCGAGCUUCCCUCUCAUUGUCUCGGGCAGCCUGAGGCAGUCCGCAAUGACUCGCUCCCGGGAUGGAGAGUGGAGCCCACUACCUGCUGUAGGAAUGUCCACAGUAAAUAAUUGGCUCCAAAUCCCACAACAUUUAAAUGAAAUUGUUUGAGUCCAUGGAAACCAGUUCAAUUGUAAUGUUGCAGUUGCCAGUGUUUCCCACUAGAGAGCGCUGCCAUGAUCACACGCGGUUGUGUGGCUCUGGCGUCAUCUGGUGGGAGAGGCCGGUACUGCAGAUGCUCAGCAUUGAGAGGCUGUGCCUCCAUGGACAGGAAACCUACUGCAUUUUAUAAUAAUAAUAAUAAUCCUGGCAUUCGAGACGUCUCAAA